UCAAACUUGUAGCAUAAAUAAAAAAAAUGAAACAUAUAUGGAAUUGGUUUAAGAAGGAUUCUUCAACAAAUUCAUAUGAACGAAUUCUUUCACAAUUAGCAUUAGAAAUAAAUCAUCAUGAAUCCCGUUUAUCUACAUUUAGACUUCGCUCUGUACGUGUCAAAAGACUUUUUACUUUAUAUUGUACAAUUCUAUAUCUUAUUUAUUUCUUAAUAUGGAUUUUAUUUUAUAUGCGGAACACAGAAGAUAUUGAAAAAUGGUUCCUAAGACUUUCCAUCCUUAUUAUUUCUCUCUUUUGUAUUUAUUUUGGACGAGUAAUAUUUACCAUUUAUUAUACAAAAAUGAUUUCAUCAGAAGAAUCAAGUUUAGAACUUUUGAGGACUAAGCAAUAUGAAAAAGUAGAAGAACUUAAAGCUAAAACAAAUUUUUAUUCAACACAAUUAUUAAUUGAUCGAUAUUCUGGAUCUCAAAGAAAUACACCAGAAAAACCUGCUGUCUCUUUACUUGAUCUUAAUGAUUCAGGAAAAAAAACACCAAAACAUAGUUUUUCAUCCUCAAGCGUUGAUUUUUUACAACCUACUUUCCAACAUUCAAAUCAACAAAAUCAAACUUCUAAUCUUCGACUAAGACACACAAAUAAUAGCAAUACGGAUAACUCUAUUCAUGAAUCUUUUUUUACAACUUCUGAUACACCGUUUCCUACUGAUUCUUACGUCAAACUAUCUCAAGAUAAUUCAUUUAUUUCUAGAAUUUUAAAUUUUAUCAUUGGUCCAGAUGAAACAUCCCCUGAAAAUAGAUAUGCUUUAAUAUGUAAAAAAUGUGGAACUCAUAAUGGUUUAGCUCCAUAUGGAGAAAAAUGGGAAUCAAUUAAAUACAUCUGCAUGAAUUGUGGAAUAUGGAAUGGAAAUAUAAAGCAAAAUGCAAAAGACACGAAAAAUACUGAAGAUCCUUUAAGUAUAUCUAAUAGCAUUCCAAACCCAAAUGAAACAGUUGAAAAUCAAGAAGAAAUAGGCCUUAAAACAUCAAAACCAGAUAAAGUCAAACUAUUAAAGCAAACUAUCAAAACUAUAUAAUUAAAACAUAUUAAACAUACACACACACACACACAC